UUGACCUUAUAUGACCUGUUUGUCCUAUGUAAUGCGAUAAAAUCAGUUUGUUUGUAAGGGCUCCUUUGCACUACUCAAAAUACUUAUUAGAUAUAUUUGUGUUUUGCUUGAGCGUUCAUUCUGUGACAUAUCUGAAAUGUUGAGUAGUUUAGGCUGUACUAAAUUGAGAGAGAACUUCCAUAAAAAAAGGACCAUGCAUUCCUUACAACUGUGAAAAAUGUUGGAAAAACUGAACCAGAAAAAGUAGUUUAUCAUAGUCAAAGGGAACUUUGGAAUAAAGUAGUCUGAAUAGGCCAACAAUAGGCUACGCUUGGAUUACUAUUUAAAACAUUUUUUUUAUGUAGUAAAAGUCAAACACUUUAAGUUUGUAUUGUGCACUUAUCUAUAAGUCAGAGCACGUGAGAGUUAAACCACACUAAAUCCUGCUGACAGCUCAGUACAAUGUUUCCUCUCUAACAGGAGGGUGGGGCGCCCUCAAACGCCUCUUUACAACAGCAACUUCACUCGCUGGCCGAAACACUUCUGCAGCCAUCUUGCACAGCACAUCGAGCGUGCUUAAACUCUGAAAUUUGGUGUGUUCGCUUGUUGUAAACCUCGAUUUUAGUCUACUAAGAGACGCACGGUUCAAUUCUGAAGCGGAAAAGUGAUCGUAAUGGCAUUAACACGCCGGCGACGAUUUGAUAUUUGAUGAAAACAUUUCGUCUCCGGUACGAUGUUGUUCCGUCUCAUGCAUCCCCUGGAAUGACAGCCGAAGCCAUUGGUACCGCCUUUUAGAAUGUGGAUCAGCCAAUCACGGCUCGCCGAGGUCCCUGACCAGAGCGGUUUAGUUGUUGUGCGCACGCGCGUAUCAGUUGGUAAGUACCUCACUUCUCACAAGCUCGCAGGAGUGUGAAGAUGGCGGUUGGCUCCGGGCCGCUGGAUGAUCCUUUUUCACACACAGAGGUGAAUAAAGCGGUAGUUUGUCAUCCCGUACAGUCUGUAGAGGCACAACUGUUGUUCUUAUGUCACAACAACCACUGGGGUAGGCACGAGGCAGCCGGUAAUUACAUAGCUAUAGUUCCGGGACAAGGGGGUAGCGCGAGCUAAUGUCCAGCUGGACUUGGUCAAGACGGUUGCUGAAGCAGGUACGCUGUAACUACUAAUGUUGUUUUCCUCUUUGUCUCUCUGAGUUUACACGACAAGCAAGCGCCGGGGCUGACAGAGAAAACAGUAGUUGUGUUAGAGUCCUGUCCCAUCACACUGGAGAUUGUUUGUGCUCCUUUUAAACAAGUUGGAGCGCAGGGGGUCUCACCAUAACAAGGUCCCUAUGGUUCUACUAUUAUGGAUGCAUCGACGGCCAGCACGGUCUCCAGCACGGGACACAACCCUGGCACACCACUUGUUGUUAGUGACGGUGUAACUUCUCUCCCCACUCACCAGGGGAAAGUAAGCUCAUGCUCAGCGCAGAUUUUCAAUGGGAGCCAAACUAUGAACUCGCACACUUCGGGAAGCGCUGCCCCUCUCGUAGGGACGACUGUGACAAGUGGAGUCGGUAACUGCAGCAGCGCCGCGGCAUCUGUCACAGCUGUCACCAGUGGACCAGUGAUGUCUAAAGUUGUGGCCGGUGCGAUAACGCCCCCCUCGACUAACAGUGUCAUUCAGACGCCUCUCAUGAACUCCAGUGUUGUCGUCUCAGCUCAGCCUGUCAGCCAGGCUGCAGGACCCGCCGUGACACUCGUCAGGCCGCCUAUGCAAAGCACCGCGGGGUCCGGGGCGACUCUGAAUGGGAACAAUAUUGCGAGCCCUGCUUUUGUGGCCAGUACAACAGGUCAGACAGGUAUCACCGUUCAAACCCCGCUUGUAAACAGUAGCCAGUCUCCCAACUCGGUGUCUGUGAGCGCAGGGUCGCACAUAAUCAAGGCAGAGCCACCCACAACAAUAAUACAGUCAGCGCCGCAGCCCGCUGUCAUUCCCAGCGCACCCCGGGUUCCGGUGACGGUGGCUGCCGGUCCAGGCGGGAUCCGAGCCUCGACGCCUCAGAUGUUGGCCCCAAGGCUCCCCCAGACCUCCCCUGGACAGCCCAGUAUACAUAACAUCCAGCUCCCGCCGGGGAUGGUGCUUGUACGCAGUGAGAGUGGACAGCUGCUGAUGAUUCCUCAGCAGACUCUGGCCCAGAUGCAGGCGCAGGCGCAGGGGGGCUUAGCACCUCGGCCAGCUACACCAACAAACAUGCCUCCUGGCCAGGCUCCUGGAAACACCAUCAUCAGCAGACAGGUGGCACCCAGUACCACCAUCCGUCAGGGUUGUCCAGCUCCAACGUCCCUCACUGCGACCACCACACUUCACAGGCCCCCUGUCCUUCAGAGCUCAGUUGGGGCUCCAGUACCAGGAAUGACCCCCAGGACCAUCAGCCAAACAGCUGGGACCACAGUUACCUCAGUAACAGUGAGCAAAGAGACAUUGGAGAAUGUGAAGAAAUGUAAGAGCUUCCUGUCUACACUGAUCAAGCUGGCAUCCACAGGGAAACAGUCUACAGAGACUGCAGCCAGUGUGAGAGAGCUGGUCAAGGACCUGCUGGAAGGCAAACUGGAAGCAGAGGAAUUCACCAGCAGAUUAUACAAAGAGCUAAACUCCUCACCCCAACCUUACCUUGUGCCUUUCCUCAAGAGAAGCCUCCCAGCCUUGAGACAGCUCACCCCAGACUCAGCAGUCUUCAUCCAGCAGAGUCAGCUCCCCCAGCUGGCAUCAGCUCCGGCCUCCUCCACUUCAUCCACCCCCAGCACGGUGGUCCUGGGCAGCCCAGCCCCCCGCCUCACUGCUCCAGUCAGCAGGCCCCAGCUCCAGCCAGGAGUUAGCAAACCAGGACAGUCAUCCUCACUGGUUCUCCAGCCUCAGCCGCAGAGAGCAAUGCUGAGACCUCAGGUAACCUUACCGACGCCCCCCAUGGUGACUCUCAGGAAUCAGGCCCCUGGUCGCAUCAUGCUUGGACAGCAACAGGUUCAGCUGAAAGAGCUGCAGCCAGUUCCGGUGAGGCCAGAGUCAUCACCUGUUCCCAAACAAGUCUUCGCUGCAGCUUUGACCCCGGCUCAAAGGAACAAACUGAAAGAGGCGGGUGGCACUUUCAAAGAUGAUGACGAUAUCAAUGACGUGGCCUCCAUGGCUGGAGUGAACCUGUCAGAGGAAAGUGCUAAUAUCCUGGCAACCAAUUCUGGAUUGGUGGGAGCGGUGACACAUUCAUGUAAGGACGAGGCUUUUCUCUCCUGUGCUCUGCUGCAGAGGAGAAUGCUGGAGAUUGGCAGGAGAUACGGUGUGACAGACCUGGGUGCAGAGGUGGUGAACUACAUCUCCCAUGCUACACAGCAGCGGCUCCAGAACCUGCUGGAAAAAGUUUCCCAAGUAGCCCAGCAUAAAAAUGGCAAUUUCAAGGAGGAUAACAAAUACGAGCAGAGCAGUGAUGUUCGUGCUCAGCUCAAGUUCUUUGAGCAGCUGGACCAGUUAGAAAAACAACGGAAGGAGGAUGAGGAGAGAGAGAUCCUCCUAAAGGCAGCUAAGUCUCGAGCUCGGCAAGAGGACCCAGAGCAGCUGCGCCUGAAACAGAAGGCGAAAGAGAUGCAGCAGCAGGAGCUGGCUCAGAUGAGGCAGAGGGAGGCCAACCUGACGGCUCUGGCAGCCAUUGGUCCCAGGAAGAAGAGGAAGAUUCUGGAUUCUCCAUCUUCCUCUACUGCAGCUGAGGGAUCAGGAUCAGGCCCCUCUGUGUCUGGUGCUGGUUCAUCAGGCUCCAGACCCACAAGGCAGCGCAUCACGCGUGUCAACCUCAGGGACCUGCUCUUCUGUUUGGAGAAUGAGAGAUUUACCAGUCGCUCCCAUUUCCUCUACAAGGGCUUUCUCAAAUAGGCUUGAUGUCAAAGACAACGAAGAGGAGAGAGGAGAGAGAAGACAGACGGGGAUGAAGUGGGUGGAGAGACAACAGCUCCCACCACAGGGAGAGUUUAAAAGACUCUUAUAAAUGAAGAGGAGGGGGGCAGUGACUUGGCACAUUUUAAGGUAUUUCAGUUAUACAGUAACGUGAACUACAAUAGUAGCCAUAUUGGAUGGCCUCUCUACCUCUCUCCUCAAAUAAUGCCUAUUUUCUUUCAGAGCAGUCGUGGACUACAGUCCAUUUAUUUACCCUGUACAACUUGUUUUUUAAGAAAGUGCAAAAAAUGUGUUUUCUGAGGGAGGGUUUUUGUGCGAACAAAUGACUUAAAGUAUGCCCCGUCACACAGUACAGUUUAUCUUCUGAUUAGUCGUGUGCGUUAGGCUUUGAAGCAAUGGAAAUCAACACUUUUGUUUUAAUAGACUACCAAUAAUUAUACUGAAUGAUGAUUUUUAUGUUUGUUUUGUCAACUGAAUUAGUUUGAACUCCAGACUGUGUAACCUACUGAGUUGCCUUCCUAACUACGAAUAAGCCAUAUAGCCAUCCUGAAGCAAUUAACCCUUCUGUAACUCAUGAAGCAGUAGCUCCAUCACUUCAUUUGAUUUUUGUUUUUUUCAGCAUAUUUAUUUACUAAACUCAAGCUUAAAUUAAUGUUUAGUUAUUUAUUUAAUUUCAUGUGACACCUCAGUUGUUUUAUGUAGCUUAGAUUCAAAACAAAAUGCAUUUACAUGCAUAGUUUGUUUAAAAUGUGUGAAGAGAGGUGUGUUCUUUGUUUUAAAUCUGUUCAAUUGUUCUUUUAAAAAUUAGUGUAACAUGUAUUGAUUUCUCAAACUUUGGCAGGUUUCAGAAGGCUGUAAACCUGUAUCGCUAUACCAAACAUACAUCUCCUGGAAGCUGAUUUCUAUUUUUAUAGCUGCCCAUCAACACACAUUUUUACUCUUUUAAUAGUGACUGACAGUGUCCUCUGGCAAAUCAAACUGGAGCCUCUUUCUGUAUAUUUGUAAAUGUUACACCUAAAGUUUUACACACAGUUUUGUAUAGAAUUGAGAAUUUACCCUUACAGCAUAAAGAAAAACACAUUUUCUCUAUUGAAAAGUUUGAAUAAAUGAUGAUUUUACAGUAA